CGCAGAUGGAACGUUCGUGUCCCAGCCAUCGGAGGGCGCAGACGGAGGCCCAAAAUCAAUGGCUUUUCUCGCUAGUGUGCGCAUAUUGUCAAGUGUUUCUGUGCAGAUGAACCAGUAAGCAUGUCGUCAGAGUUGGGUGUGGAGAGACCGACGACUUUGGCCCUGCCAGAGUCUCGUAUGGAGAGGCGUGUCCAUUUCAGUGAUGUUGCAGGAGCACAGAUUCUGAGUGAUGAACCAACUGAAGAGAAUACCACUCCAAGCCCAAAGAAAAUACGUACAGACCCAGAGUUCCGAUACAAGCGUAAAAGAUCAUACAGUUACUCUGGUCCAGGAGAAUUCCGUAACAAGAGACGUAAAAAUAAUAUUGUACUUCCUUCAAAAUUUCUCCUUGGUGGAACUAUAUCAGAUCCACUCAAUCUUGGUUCCCUAGACAAGGAAGGGAUAGCUAAACUUGCCGAAGAUGAGGCAGCAGGGGGAACUGUAUCCAAACGAUCGGAUGCGGUUCGUGUCAUCAUACCACCGAACAUCAAUGACCCGUUAAAUUUAGAUGCUUCCUCAGAUAAUGAAGAUGUUCUCACAGAUGCCCUGCAGAAGCAACUAAGACGUAACAGGAGGAGGAGGAAACGGAAACGAAGACUGUCAGAGCCAGGGAGUGCCUCUGUUGAUGGAGAAGGAAUUGAUAAUGAUGGAGGACCAGCUGAAGAAGAGGAUUUGCAAGAGGGCAUCCUGCCAGCCCCGAUCCUACCAAAAGCUCCUCUUGAGGAAGCAAUGAAGCCACUGACAGUGAAUACAGAAUUUACAACACCAACACCACAGAGCUCAACAGAAGCACGAAAGGAAUGCACAGGACCAGUUACACCAACUGGACUAAAGCCAUCAACAAGUGGUGUCACUAGACCACCAUUCAAAAAGCAGCGAACUAAGUCAGACAAUAAGAUUGUCAGUCCAGUGAUUCCCCAACCUGGAGUGGAGCGCAAGAGACAUCCAAGCCAUUCCAGACAGUAUACUGACAAGCCUCACCUCAGCCAACAGAAUUUGGUCCCUCCCAAAAAAUACAAUCCUAAGAAUGAACAUUUUCAGUAUGGGAACUAUAACAAAUAUUAUGGCUAUAGGAACCCUGACCAGACUCCAGAUGUGAGACUAGACUUUUUGAAGCGUGACUGGUUUGAGGGCAAGGAAGUGCUUGAUAUAGGUUGUAACAUUGGACAUAUAACUUUAACACUUGCAAGGGAUUUUAACCCAAAGCGAGUUGUUGGAAUUGAUAUUGAUAAAAAACUGGUCAAUAUUGCGGAAAAGAACAUCAAACAUUAUCUUCGUAAGAGUGAUGCUGAGGAAGCCAACUUCCCCAAGUCAAUGAAAUUGUUAUAUGGUCCGUUAAAACCUCCGUUACGAGCUGAUGGCAGCCGCAGCUUCCCAUACAAUGUUAAGUUUGUUCAUGCAAAUUACGUUCUGGAGUCGGAUGAAUUGCUGGAAACUGUUCGGCCAGAGUUUGACCUAAUACUGUGUCUUAGUGUCACCAAAUGGAUACAUCUCAACUGGGGAGAUUCAGGACUUAAGAGAUUUUUUCGACGUAUAUUUUACAACUUAAAGCCAGGUGGUAGACUGGUACUAGAGCCACAGGGUUGGCCAUCAUACAGCAAGCGCAGAAAACUCACAAAAAGAAUUUUUGAGAACUACAAGAACAUCAGGUUAUUCCCCGAAAAAUUUAAUGACUAUUUACUACACGAGGUGGGAUUCAGCACAAGUGAGAAGAUGGUGACUCCUCAUCAUGCAUCUCGUGGCUUCCAAAGACCCAUCAUUGUUUACACAAAGGCUGGCAUUAGCACAAAGGUCAGCUCAUUGGGGGAAGGUAUGUCAAGAGAGGGCUCUACUAAAAGAGAGAGGAUGAAUGCAGGACGUGACUGUGAAGAUAAGAAGAAAGUGUCGGCUGAGAAAAUCAUUGACGUGGAAGCUUCUGCGAAAAAAGCUCUGAAAAGGACUUUGGACGAUUCUUCCACAGAAGCGGAAGGUAGUAGUUUGGAUAAGAAAUGCAGAAUAAAGGGCGAAAAUGAGGAACAGAGGAAUGUAGAAGUACAGACUCUAAGUAAUGAUACAAAACUUUCUUCCCAUCAAAUGACAGGACCGAAUGUAUGUGCCGAAAAUAUUGAAAACUUGAAAAAAUCUAAUAAUACCUUGGUACACACCAGUCAAGAGGCUGGUGGUCUGGUUUCAGUGACAGAAAGACAGGAUGAUUCUGUAUUGAAGGCUUGUGAUGCUAGUGUCUGUGAUACAGUCAUUACUGGUAGUACUGGUAAUAGUUCUCUGGUGAAUGAAGUAGAUUCCCAAGUAACACAUUCCCCAAGUAAUGCACAAAGUGAGAAUAAAUUUGAUAAUCUGCCUUAUACUACAGUAACUAAUGUUGACAAUACUAAGAAAUGCAGUGCCACUUCAGGACAUGUUAUUCAGGCUGUUACCCCUCCUGGUAUUUUGGUUUCUCAAGUUGACGUUUCAGAUAUAUCUUUGGCAAAAAAAGGUGAAAGUUGCACUGUUUAUAAUGUUAGAACUCUUCCAAGGGAAGAUUUUACUGUGAUAGACAACUGUAUAUCCAGAAAAACUGAGGGCAUUGACACUGGACUUGUUGAUGUGAAAAACAAUAGACAUAGCCUUGAAAAUAAGGCUUCUGUGUGUAAUGACAUUAAAUCUUUAGAUAAGGAAAUCCCCGGAGCCAUGGUGAAUAGUGAAAUGUUUGCUGGUUUAUCAAGCAGUAAAUCUCCAAGGAAUGAAAACCUUGAAUGCACAGUUGAUACUUCUCCACUCAAGCGAAAGAAUAUAGAAACAGGGGAAAAAGACAAUAACAUUUGUGAAGAAAGAAACAAUAAACAGCCGAGACUUGAAAAUCAGUGAGCAACUUCCAAACUUGUUCAUGUAAGGAGCAGACUACUGAAUUUUGCAGGAAACACAAAAGACACAGGUGUUGGUUUCCAGACAAAAUUGUUCAUCCAGUUAAUUUUUAAUAUUGGUGGGAAAAAAGUCGUAUGCCACUUAAAGUUUGGUACAACAUUUCUUUGCAUACAAUGGAAGGAGAGGAAGUAACGCAUUCAGUGUUUGAUGAAAUCCAUAGAAAGUGGGAAUGCAUGGCUGUGAAUCCAGGACUGACUGCUUGGUGGCCUUGUAUACGCUUUAACAUCUUCAAAGUUAAUGUUUAAUGAUUGCUUGAAGUGCCAGAUGUCAACUAAUUGCUUUUGGACAGCCAACAGUGCUUCAACAUCUAGCUUACAUUUUAUUUUCAAUUCACCAAAUUCCAAUGGUGAACCUUGUUUUAAUGAUCAGGCAAAUGCUUGCAUUCUUGUAUUGUAUGUAGUUGGAUUGUAUGUAUGAAAGACCAUUUUUUAUUUCAUAUUUAUUUUUUAAUUUUUCAUGUUUUUAAAGGUUUAUUAUUGUUAAAGGUUCAAAUAUUGAAAAUGUAAAUCUGAUAAAACCAGCCUGUGUCUCUUUGUAACACUAGUCGGCAAGAAUGUUAAAUUCUGCUUUUCCUUCUGUAUUUUAUUCACUGUCACAAGAACAAGCUUACAAGGCCAUUUCUGGGAAAAUUUAUGUCAUGUUCACAUAAUGUGAAAACAUGAUGUACAAUUCAU